UAGUAGUAGUAAUAGUAGUAGUAGGUGGUAGUCGUCGACGUUUUACUCGACGUUAGUAGUAGUAGUAGUGUAGUAGUAGUACAGUGUAGUGUAGUAGUAGUAGUAGUAGUAGUGGUGUAGUAGGUACGGCAAAACGAAAGAGUGGGGAGAGUUGCACCAACACAUAGAAACGGACGAUGCCACUCGAGUGGCAUCGAAUAUCCCCGCUCCGUCGUACGCGGCAGUCCGACGCCGGUCGCGCAGCUAGCAUGGCUGGAUUUUCUCGCAGUUUUUCGCCGGUUCUCCCGUGGUAAAGAGAGACGGAGACACGGAGACGGAGAGAAAGAGAGAGAGAGAGAGAGAGAGAGAAAGAAAGAGCUAGAUAGACGAGACACGUAGCAGCAGCAGCAGCACGGAAACUCGUUGCAUUCAACAAAACGCAUUCCUUUGGUUUCGUCCUAUUCAGUUGUACGUCUUUUCUCGUAGGAUACGAGACCUUUGCUUUUCGUUCUAUCGUUCGAGAUAAGCACAAAGACAGAGAGAGAGAGAGAGAGAGAGAGAGAGAGAGGGAGGGAGAGGGAGAGAGAAAGAGAUAGAGAGACAGAGCGAGAGAAGGAAAAGGAGGGAGCAUAGGCGAUCGCGAGUCGACGUGAGCCAGAACGGACGCCAGAUGCUCGAACAUAACCUCAAAAGUGAAACACUCGAUAGAAGGUACAUCAUCCUUCGUAGAUCGUCGUAAAUUCGAUUAAUUCGUACUUACGUCGAAUAGGUUAGAUGAUCGUCCAUCUCCCUUUACGAAGCGACACGUGCUCCUUCUGCGUGCGUUCCAGCCAAUCGUUGUCUUCUUGCUCGAGUUGGUGUACGUCGUCGUCGCCGUCGUCGUCGUCGUCGUCGUCGUCGUCGUCGUCGUCGUCGUCAUCAUCGUCGUCGUUUAUCCUUCUCGCGCGUGUGUUCUCCUCGUAGUCUCGUCGUCUCGUAGUGUCAAAGAAAGAAAAUAUAUAAAGGAGAAAGAGAGAUGGGUGACAGUCGCGUCGAAUCGCGUGGAUGAAAGUCUCGAAGAGUAGACAGUAAGAAGUAAGGAAGACAAAUUGAAAGAGAGAGAGAGAGAAAGAGAGAGAGAAAGCAAGCAAGCGCGAAACAAAAAGAGAGAGAGAGAAAACGAAGAAAGUGCGUUGUGUUGUUGGAAGUGAUCGAAGAGGAAAUAAAAGAUUCGAAAAGAAAGAGAUAAAUAAGUAAAUAAAUAAAGAGAGGGAGAGAGAAGAAAAUCACGAAAAUCGACUGUGAUCGUCCUUCCUCCUCUACAUCCACAUUCACAUUCACAUUCACAUCCACAUCCAGCACCUCCUUGUCGUUCGUCGUUGGAACGGUAAAUCUCUGAUGUCCGGACAGUAGAAGAGGAACUUUUUAAAAGAACUCGUUCGUGUGCACGACGACGUAUCACCGAUCGACCAUUCGACGUCCUACUGACGUCGUCUUCGUCGUGUGUCUCUUUAUUUCCAAACGAGCUGUCUUUGUACGAAACUAUGAAAGACGUGCGACGGUCAAAUAAGAGAGAAGAAGUGAAAAGAGAAUGGAAUAGAAGAGAAGAGAAAAGAAGAGAAGUGAAGAUCACGGAUCGAAGAAGCUCGGAUCGAUAGGUGGACGUCGUGAUAUCGUGAUAUCGAGCCGAUCGACGUUCUCUCGAAUGGGCUAAGAGCCGAAAAUCGUUACUCCCUGGAAACGCCGAGGCUCUACAUCGCCCCUAAUUGACAGGAAGAAAGAUAGAGAGAGAGAGAGAGAGAGAAAGAGAGAGUAGAAGAACGAGAGAGAGAGAAAGAGGAGAAGAAGAACCGACAAGCUGGAAACUCAAGCGUAGAGUCAAGAAAUACGGAAGAGGAUAGAGAAGGAAGAAGAGUAAGAAGAAAAGGAAGAAGAGAAGAGAACGAGGAGAUAUCUGGAGCGGCGUUUGAAAUUUACGAGUGACUCGGUGCUCUUGCAAGUGUAAUAGUAUCUACGAACGAGAGAGAUAGAGAGACGAAAGAAAGCAAGAGAGAGAGAGAGAGAGAGAGAGAGAACGAGAAGCACAUGGCAUAACAAAUGGUCGCCCGUAAAACCGGCUCGCGACUGUGAAACGACACCGGAAGUAGCCAGCCAAGAAAUACACGAGAUACCUAGAGCGAUUCGUACGAUACUUUCGUAUCCUCUCGAUAGUUUGGUGACUUCUUCAAAAGUAAAACUCAAUAUUUAAAAGAAAAUUUGUUCAUCAAAUUUCUUAUAAGAACGACGAUAUGAUUUCCGUUUGUCGUAAGGAAAUCAUGAGUGGACGUACUCGUUGAUACCAAUAAGAAAAGAUUUUUUAAUCGUUCGCGGAUUUGCGAUAAUUUCUGUCGAAUUUUCUCUCUCUUUUUUUUUCUUUUUAUUUAUUUAUUUUUUUUUUGGAAAACGACAUGAAGACCAUCGGAAUGGAUAAUCGUAGGUGAGCAAAAGUCGGAAAGAAAUAUUAUAGAGAAAGGAAGAACAAAACAGGAGGAGGAGGAGGAAGAGGAGGAGGAAGAGGAAGAGAGGAAGAAGAAGAAGAAGAAGAAGAAGAAAAAGAGGAAGAAAAAAAGAGGAGGAGGAGGAGAAGAAGGAGGGAGAAUCAUCAUCGGGUCCAACAGAGCCAGAUGGGUUAAAGGCGAAGCGCAAUGGAAGGCGCGAUUCCGUGCCGGUGGAUGCAAAAGGGCGCUGUUCGCGUUGCAACCGCUGCCCUUUCGGAAGCGCAACAAGUGACAACGCCGUGUUACUACUACUGCUGCUGCUGCUGCUAUUACUGUUACUCCUCCUCGCUCAACAGACGUCAUCGGCUUUAUCCAGCAAGGAGUCGAGAGGAUUCGAUCCCGUCGACUUGAACAAAGAGAAAGAUAGGAAUAUAGAAAGAUAGAAAGAUAGAGAGAGAGAGAGAGAGAGAGAGAGAGAGAGAGAGAGACAGACGGGUCAAGAAUCGUUGGCAAGCUCCGUUAACAGCGGACCUACUGGGAUGAACUUCUUACGAGCUAUCCAAAGAAGAUUAUUUCCUUCUUCGUCCUCCUCAUCCUCAUCCUGCUCUUUCACGCAGAAAUAGGAACGGCCGAGUGUCCAUGGCGACUUUGUCCUAAGAGACUCGAUGAAACUACGUCGGGGAGAGAGACGAUUGCCGAGAAUCUUAGAGGAUUCUUGGUCCGGAAUCCCUUGGACUGUGCCUUGAAUCUUUCUUACGGUAGACGACAGCUUCUCGUCUGAUCUCUCAACGAGGUUCACGAGAAGUAAAAGAAAGAAAGACAGAGAGAAGGAGAGAAAAAGGAAGGGAAGAAGAAGAAAUAAAGGAGAAAGAAGAAGAAGGAAAAGGAGGAUCGGCAGGAUUUUUUUCUCUUGUAUCUUUUUCACCUUCUUUUUUUUACCCACUUUGUCGUCCGCUUUCUCCUCGUCGUCGUCGUGUCUCCUAUAGUGAUUUCGUUUUUCGUCGUCGUCGUCGUCGUCGUCGUCGUCGUCGUCGUCGUCGUCGUCGUCGUCGUCGUCGUCGUCAUCGUCGUCGUGGUGGACGAUGGUGAUGAAAAUCUCCGCUGUCGAAGCUGGCGUCGCUCUGUUGGGCGCCGUCGGUUCACGUUGCGUCGUAAAGCAGGCGACGGUGAAGCGAUGCGUCGCGGCGCUCCUUCUCGUCUCCAUCGCGAGCAUCUUUUAUUACACGCACUACGUCAUCAGCAGUCCUCUCUCCAGUUUGAUACAUCGAGAUACCAGACCCGAACCCUCGAUAAGAUGUUCCACAUUGAAGGGUGCGACGAGACUGCCUUCGGCGCCGGAUCACAGGAGCGAAGCACGAUUGAGGAUAGAUCCAAAGGUGUUGGUCUUCGUCGAAACUUUAUAUUCCAGGCUGGGACGAGAGAUAGCCGAGCUACUCGUUUAUAACCGAAUAAAGUACAAAGUAGAGGUGGCCGGAAAGUCUCUGCCGGUAUUGACGAAUCUCGACAAGGGUCGUUACGGCGUUCUAAUAUUCGAGAACCUUAACAAGUACCUGCAAAUGGACAAGUGGAAUCGAGAACUAUUGGACAAGUAUUGCAGAGAAUACUCAGUUGGAAUCGUUGGUUUUGCUCCUCCUGGUGAGGAGAGUCUCGUUGGUGCCCAACUAAAGGGUUUUCCUCUGUUCAUACAUACGAAUCUUCGGCUGAAGGACGCCCAGUUGAACGCGGCAUCUCCUAUUCUACGAUUAACCAGAUCCGGAGAAACAGCCUGGGGACCACUUCCUGGCGGUGACUGGACCAUUUUUCAGGCCAAUCACAGUACGUACGAGCCGUUGGCCUGGGCACACAGGGACAGCCUCGACUAUCCGACUAACAGAAGCCCUCUGGCCACUGUCAUUCAGGAUCAUGGGAGAUACGACGGCAUACAAAGGGUUCUAUUCGGCGGUGGUCUGCGAUUUUGGUUGCACAAAUUGUUGCUCCUCGAUUCGCUCUCGUAUCUCUCUCACGGUCAGCUUAGUCUAAGCUUGAAUCGUAUGAUACUGGUCGACGUCGACGACAUAUUCGUCGGUGAGAAAAGUACGAGACUUAAGAGGGACGACGUUAUGGCUUUGCUCGCGACCCAACAAAGGAUACAAGCUCUCGUUCCGGGGUUCAAAUUCAACUUGGGGUUUUCCGGGAAGUAUUUUCAUCACGGGACAGCCGAGGAAAACUUGGGGGACGAUAUGCUCCUGGAGAACGUCGACAGAUUUACGUGGUUUUCCCACAUGUGGAACCACCAACAACCCCAUCUUUACGAGAAUGUGACCCAUCUACAAUUGGACAUGGCACUGAACAAACAAUUCGCAAAGGACCACGGUAUACCAACGGUAAGCGGCUACAGCGUAAGUCCACAUCACUCAGGCGUUUAUCCGGUCCACGAAGGCCUUUACGAGGCAUGGAAAAGAGUUUGGAACAUCAAGGUCACUAGUACGGAAGAAUACCCGCAUCUAAGACCGGCCCGUUUGAGACGUGGCUUCAUUCAUCGUAACAUCAUGGUACUACCAAGACAGACGUGCGGCCUUUUCACUCACACCAUCUUUAUAGAGAGGUACCCAGGCGGAAGGGAUAAGUUGGACGAAUCGAUACAGGGCGGCGAACUCUUUCAAACGAUCGUUUAUAAUCCUAUAAAUAUUUUUAUGACGCACAUGUCCAAUUACGGCAACGAUCGUUUGGCCUUGUAUACGUUCGAAUCGGUCAUCAAGUUCAUACAAUGUUGGACGAAUUUGAGAUUAUCGAGUUCUCCGCCCCUCAAACUCGGCGAACAUUAUUUUCAACUUUAUCCCGAGGAGGCUGAUCCAGUAUGGGGUAAUCCGUGCGACGAUCAAAGACAUCAAAAGAUUUGGUCGAGGAAUAAAACGUGCGAUCAAUUGCCAAGGUUCUUAGUCAUAGGCCCGCAAAAAACUGGCACAACGGCGCUCUACACAUUUCUGUCCAUCCAUCCGGCCAUAAGCAGUAAUUUGCCGAGCCCAGACACGUUCGAGGAAAUACAAUUUUUCAAUGGAAAGAAUUAUUACAAGGGUUUAGAUUGGUAUAUGAGCUUCUUUCCGGCAUCGAAAAACGAGAGUUCGAGAUAUCUUUUCGAAAAGUCAGCAACCUAUUUCGAUGGCGAAUUGGUUCCAAGAAGAGCUCAUGCUUUAUUACCAAGAGCUAAACUCAUUACUAUAUUACUCUCCCCAGCUAGAAGAGCUUACUCGUGGUAUCAGCACACCAGAGUACAUGGUGAUCCAGUAGCGAAUAAUUAUUCCUUUCAUUCGGUCAUUACGGCCAGCGAUACAGCCCCAAAACCAUUAAGAGAUCUUCGGAAUAGAUGCCUCAAUCCCGGCAAGUAUGCGCAACAUUUGGAAAGAUGGUUAUCGUUUUAUCCACCACAGCAAUUGCAUAUCAUCGAUGGCGAACAAUUGCGACAAAAUCCAGUCGAAACGUUGCACGAAUUGCAAAGGUUUCUCAAAAUCACUCCGGCAUUUAAUUAUUCGUCGCAUCUUAGGUACGAUCCUAAAAAGGGAUUCUUUUGUCAAGUUACCAACGAGGAUCGUACGAAGUGUCUUGGGAAGAGCAAAGGACGUCAGUAUCCACCUAUGGAGGAUAAAUCCUAUAAAUUCUUGCAAAGGUAUUACUUGUCACACAACACCGCCCUUGUAAAAUUAUUAAAACGACUUGGAUCCAGAACGAUUCCGCAAUGGCUUAAGGAAGAUCUUACCGACACGGUGAUGACCUAGCAAACGCCGAUCACUUGAAACACAGCUAUUUCUCGAUUUCAAGCCUGGAUUCUUGCUUCCGCCGUACACGAGAUACGUCGUUUAUUGGUGGAAGACUUGUAAAUUAUUUGUACAUGUAAAUAUUUCGCUGGACUACACAUCCUAAUCGGGGAGAAGGACCAUAACCAGUGGAGUGGCCUAAAUCGGUGAAAGCCUGGAAAGCUAGUCACUAAGCGAUUAUACGGUUACGUUAACCGUAACUGUCGAUCGUUGUUAAGCUAAUAGUACUAUUAUUAACGUUAUAUUGUAAUAAUAUAAUUAUUAUUAUCGUUGUUGCGUCAUUAAAAGUCAGGAAGGCCAGACUCGGCCAACUCUAAAACCCGCAGACAUAAUCUGCGUUGAUUUCAUUGUUAUCAGGAUAACAAUAUCUUGAUAAUUCUUACUUCGUUUGGAUCAGAAAGAAAAUCUUAUAUCGAACUAUUGACGUUCAGUCAACACCGAUUAUCUUUGGCCUUUAAAAGGAGCAUACUUUUUUCAAAGAAUGCCUCUAUAUUUUUCUAUCGUCGCUUCAUUUCUCGCGCAAGAUUUUUGAAUGAACGCGUUCGCUCUUCAGUGAAAUGUUUUUUGAGGGAAGAACAAAAACAAAAAGAAGAAAAGAGGAAAGAAAAGAUAUAAAUAAAUAACUGAAUAAAGAGAGAAAUAAAAAAAUAUCGUUGACGAACAACGAAUGAAAUUAUUUUGUAAAAGGAAAUAUGCAUUACGAUUGAAUUAUGAAAUAUCGAGAAUGAUAUAUAAAAAGAAAUAUCUGAACGCCAUGAAACUAUGUUCUUUCUGAACCAAACUUCGUAUUUCGAAGAGUUCGUCAACUUAAUUCUAUCGAGGUAUGAUGAUCUGUCCAAAACGCGUUACCGUGUUUAAAGAGAUUUAUCCUCGGUCGAACGAACGAUCGAUCGAUCGAUCGAUCGAUCAAACCAACGAACGAACGAACAAACAAAUUUACUUCUCGAAAUAUACGUUUGUGGAUCAAACGAUCGAUCGUUCGUUUUUACUGUCACAUGAAAGAUCGUCCAAGCGAAUAACGCAUACUUUUGGGCUCUCAGAUUUUUUCCUUUCGGGCCCAUCUACUUUCGGAGACACAGUGUAUGUUAAUUCUCGUUGUAUAAGGAUAUUUGAAAUCGAUCAUGAUUCUUGUAUAUUUUGACAAUACUAUUCUUGGUACCGACGAAGAGGAAAGAUCAAUAAGAGGUGUAUGAUCGCGUCCGUUUGUAUAUUAAUGUAAUAUUGUAAUACACUAUUUUGAUGUCAACGCGUAGGUGUAACAUAUUAGAUUUAACGAAAAAAAAAAAAUUGAAAUAAAAUAAAAUAAAAUAUAUUAGAUCAAUUAUAGAAAGAGGCUUUUGGGAUGAAAACUUGGAAAUUUUCGAUAACGUAACGUCGUUAUAGUCGUUGCGUCGUCGUCUGUGCAAAAUGAGAUCCAUCGUACUCGCUUGCAAUAAUCAAUGAACACUUUAGAAAUUCUGCUACAUUUUCAACAAAUACAUUGUUUGAAAAAAUACAUAUUCAAGGUUUGGACAUUCGAUCGUGUUUGUAAAUGAUAUUUAAAAUCAAAAUGUGUAACGGAUGUAAAAGAAAAUGAAAGGAAACGAAAAAAAAAAAAUCUAUAUCGAGAGAAUUGCUGUAAUGUCAUCCCAUAGCAGUAUGUCCAAUCUAUUUGUCUGUCGUUUCUUUGAUUCUGAAUUUUUUUUUUUUUUUUUUUACGACAGCAAUCAGUCGAUAAUAAUGAAGAUUUACUUGCUCGUUUUGGAAACGUACGAUCAAACACCUACUACUUUGUACUUUCUCCGAAAAAAAAAAGAAAACAAGAAAAAAGAAAAAAGAGUAUUUGUGAAACAAGAAGGCUACAUUACUUAUACGACUUUUUUUUUGCAAUCGAGAAUAGUGCUACUAUAUACACGAUGUACAUUGUAUAUAAACGUUUCUUUAAUUUAUUCAUUGUAUAUCCUCGACCCAUUACCCACCCACCUACCCACCCACUUUGUAAUCAUAAAUAUAUUUCAAUUUUAAUGCAAUUUGACGAUGAAAGGAUUUAUAUUGUUUACGUUUACCGAAAUAUUUGUAUUACGUCAUUGUUGUAGAUCUUUUUUAUAACAUUGUUUAAAAAAAGGAAAAAAGAAGAAAUCAGUAUAAUGAUAUUAUUAAGAAAAUAUCGAUAUAACAAAAAUACAUUCACACACACGCGCGCGCGCGCGCGCGUACACAUACACAUAUACAAAUUUGAUAAAAAAAAAAUAUUAUCGAGAAUCACGAGCCUAAAACAAGUAGAGGCUCCCGUCCAAAACGAGCAAUCGAGCAUCAAAAAACACAAAACAAAAAAAAAUAAGAAAGAAAAACGAAACAACAAAAAAUGGAUAAAAGUUCGGUAUUCGUAAUCUUUUAGUACAAUGACGUCGUCAAACGAGUAAUUUACUUUUUCUAAUGCGGCAAUUCAUUUGGCCAUAUUUAUCUUUAGGUAUUUUAUCUGAUUACGAUCUUGUUACGUUUGUAUAGUUUGUUUCCAUUUUUAUACUGCCGUUAAAUUGUGCCAUCCGGCGUUUUAACGAAAACCUUGUACAAAGUUUCUUGUUAAUACGAUAACAAUAAUAAUGAUACUACUACUAUUACUACUAUUACUACUAUUAAUAAUAAUAUAAUAAUAAUAAUAAUAAUAAUAAUAAUAAUUAUAAUUAUAAUUAUAAUAAUUAUAAUAAUAAUGAUUAUAAUGAUAUAAUAAUUAUUAGUAUCAGCAAUGGAUUAUUAUUAUACAAAUGAUCGAUAUGUUUUGUCGAAUCGUGCCAUUUUAUCGUGUUGUAUAUAAUAAUUGUAUUAUCAUAUUGAAGUGAUAACACAUACACAUAUGCGCUCACACACAUCCAUACUCAUACACACAUACACAUACACACGUUGGAUUUUGUAGUUAAUGUUAUUCAAAUUUCAUUCGGCACGGCGGCCGUAACAGUUUUAUGAUUUAUCGCCGCCUGACAAUAAUAUGUGACAAAACCAAAACGGAAACAUAAACCCCAUGGAAAUAAUGAUAUCCAUAUUGCGAAUUGUACAAACAAGAUUAAUAGUUUAGUGCUAUUAUUUCAAUUCUAUUAUUUAUUCGUUUUAAUUAAUUUCAAUGAAUUUAUUAUUCAAAAUGAUAUAUAUUCUUUUUUUUCUCCUUAACGAAUGAUAAUUAAUUUUUAUAAUUCAUGACUUACGAUUUCCGUGUAUCGUAUAAAUCAGAAUGAUAUAUAUAUAUAUAUAUAUGUAUGUAUGUAUGUAUGUAUGUAUAUGUAUAUGAAUUUUUGUUGUUGUUUAAAUGUCGAUCAAUAUAGUAAUAAAAUAUUACUAAUUAUUUUGAUUUCGGAAUUAUUUUCAAUUUUGUAUUGUAUAUCAAGAAAAGAAAGACAUAAUGAAAAAGAAGAAAGCACUUUCGAAACGUUUCGCUUUAAUAGACUGUUACGAAUUGCGAAGAAUCGCCGUUGUCAUAGAUUUACAAAAAAAAUGCGUUUAGAAUGUGUGUACGACACGUUAAUAAGACCUUGAAUUAUUUAACUUAUGAUUAAUCUAUUGUAAAAUAUUGUAAUAACUGUACGGUAUAGUCAAUAAGUUCUAAUAAAAUAAUUAUUUAAAAUGGUGGUAAGAGAGGGAGAGAGAGAGAGAGAGAGAGAGAAAGAGAGAGAGAGAGAGAGAGAGAGAGAGAGAGAGAGAGAGAGAGAACAUCGAUCACAUUUGAAGAAUAUAAAACAAUUGAGAUAACUUA